UCUGUCCUCCUGGAGAGCCCCAGCCCUGUCAGGGGGACCCCAGGAGGGUUUGGGGAGGUCACUGUCACCCCGUGGGGUUGCAGGUUUGGAGCUGGGGGUGGUUCCUGGAGGGGUCCUGCCAGGGGAUGUGGCAUGAAUGGCAAACCCCUGGAGGGGACAGAGGCUGUGCUGCAGCUGGGGUCUCACCAGGGCCGUGUGUCUGUCCCCUGUCCCCACAGACGGUGUCCCCACUGACUGCUGCUUCAGCUACCAGAGGCAGCCCAUCCCUCGGUACCGCGUCAGCUCCGUCUUCGUCACCAGCAGCUCCUGCAGCAACCCAGGCGUGAUCCUGGUCACCAAGAAGGCGAAGAAGGUGUGUGCAGACCCACGGGCACCAUGGGUGCAGAAGCUCCUGGAGCACUUCUAGAGGCUGCAGAACUGAGCCCUCCCUGCUGACAGCCCCCAUCCCACCCCUGCACGGCUUCCAGCCUCGGGCACAACACAGAGGAUACGACCCCCAGCCUUCUUCGACGGGGAAAAUUAUUUUAUUUAACUUAUUUAAGUUAAACUAAAUAUUCUUUUUUAUUCUAAGCACAAAAUUUAUUUAAACUAUGUCAGAAUAAUACACUAAAA